UUGGCUGUGCGCACGGUGCUGUGGACUGGUGUGGAUGAAAUGCCAGGGCCGAAUUGUUGUCUCAGUCCACCCCUGCUCUGCCCUACUUUUACCAUAGUGAUGAUACUGAGGCAUGGUGAGGCGGUGCAGGAGUAUCCCACAAUGCCCUUGCCGGGGCCGGAGAUGGAUGAUGCCUGCUGCAGCUCGUGAGCUUCUGUUGAGCUGACGCUUGUUGAUGCCGCCGCAGCUCGUGCUACCAUUUCCAGACCGUCAGCUCGCACUAGUCGUUCGCGAUCACCAGCGCGUGCUUGACGGUGCGGUGAACACAGGUCCCCGCUGCUUUGGAUACCUUCAACAACCGCGGCCAUAAAAAGGACGGACACUGUCAUCCAGCGAUACCCACCGUAUACCGUCUCUGUCUACCGGAGUAGCCAGGGAGAGGGGGUCCAGUGCCAGCCGCAGCAUGAGCAUGGACCCCCUGGCCAAGCCCUGCCCGUCCCAGGCGGAGCACAACCCCGGGACCUUCAGCGGCCGACUGACCGCGCUGGAAGCGGCCGGGGAGGACAGCGAGUCCGGCUGCGGGGAAGAGGAGGCCAUGGGGGGCAGCGAUACGUUCAAUAGCCUCGUCGAGAUGGAGGUGGAGACGCUGGAGGAGAAAUUAAAGGGUCUGGCUUUUAGGAAACAGAUUUCGUAUAGGAAAGCCAUCUCGCGGUCGGGUCUCCAGCAUUUGGCCCCGGUCCACAAACCCAUGCCCCCCGUCACCAACGGACCUUCCAAGGAGAUGCGCUCGUCCGUCGACUGGACAGAGACUGCUGUGAACGGGGAACAUCUGUGGCUGGAGACCAGUUGUUCUGGAGAGCUGUGCUACCUGGGAGAAGACACCUGUGUCCUGAAGACUGCAAAGUCUGCCCCCAGGAGGAAGUGUGCAGCGUGUAAGAUCGUAGUCCACACCGCCUGCAUCGAGCAGCUCGACAAGAUUAACUUCCGCUGUAAACCAACGUUUAGAGAAGGAGGCUCUCGCUGCCUCAGAGAUAAUAUGUUGAGGCACCACUGGGUGCACCGGCGCCGCCAAGAAGGGAAAUGCAGACAGUGUGGGAAGAGCUUCCAGCAGAAGUUCUUCCACAGUAAAGAGAUUGUGGCCAUCAGCUGCUCCUGGUGCAAACAAGCUUUCCAUAACAAGGUGACGUGUUUCCAGCUAUAUCAGAUUGAGGAGCCCUGUUCUCUGGGCGCUCACGCCGGGGUCAUCGUCCCCCCCUCCUGGAUCAUCAAAGUCAGGAAGCCACAGAGCUCGUUCAAAAACUCUACAAGGAGGAAAAAACGCACAUCGUUUAAAAGAAGGACCAGUAAGAAAGGAACUGAUGAGUCAAAGUGGCGUCCGUUCAUGCUGAAGCCCCUUCCCUCCCCUCUGAUGAAACCUAUUCUAGUCUUUGUCAACCCCAAGAGUGGAGGCAACCAGGGUACCAAGGUGUUACAGAUGUUCAUGUGGAUCCUGAACCCUCGCCAGGUGUUUGAUCUCUCCCAGGGAGGGCUCAGAGAGGCGUUGGAGUUGUACAGGAAAGUGCCAAACCUGCGUAUCCUGGCCUGUGGUGGAGACGGGACGGUGGGGUGGAUCCUGUCUGCUCUGGAUGAGUUAGGAAUGACCCCCCAUCCGCCUGUAGCUGUACUUCCUCUGGGGACAGGAAAUGACCUCGCCAGGACCCUCAACUGGGGAGGGGGUUAUACGGACGAGCCGGUUUCCAAGGUACUGUGUCAGGUGGAGGACGGCUCUGUGGUGCAGCUAGACAGAUGGAACCUUCAGGUGGAGAGAAGCCCCGCCCAGCCAGAGGAAGGCACACAGAAGCUUCCACUGAAUGUGUUCAACAACUACUUCAGCCUGGGCUUCGACGCCCACGUCACACUGGAGUUCCACGAGUCCAGAGAAGCCAACCCUGAGAAAUUCAACAGCCGCUUCCGCAACAAGAUGUUCUAUGCAGGGGCUGCAUUCUCUGAUUUCCUCCAGAGGAGCUCCAGGGAUUUGUCUAAACACGUCAGAGUGGUGUGUGACGGGACGGAUCUCACUCCUAAGAUCCAGGAGCAGAAGUUUCAGUGCAUCGUCUUCUUAAACAUUCCCAGGUACUGUGCAGGCACCAUGCCGUGGGGGAACACAGGAGACCACCGAGACUUUGAGCCUCAGCGCCAUGAUGACGGCUGUAUCGAAGUCAUCGGCUUCACCCUGUCCUCCCUUGCGGCACUGCAGGUAGGAGGUCAUGGUGAGAGGCUGCACCAGUGUAGAGAGGUGACUCUGACCACCUUUAAGACCAUCGCUGUACAGGUGGAUGGAGAGCCGUGUCGCUUGGCCCCCUCAACCCUCCGCAUCUCCCUACGCAACCAGGCCAACAUGGUACAGAAGAGCAAGAGACGCACCUCAGUACCCCUGCUCAAUGACAUUCAGAAGGUGUGUGCCGCGGACCUGCGCCGCCUCUCUGCUCCCCCUGACUCCUUCUCUGUCCCCCAUGCUGUCCCCGAGCGUCUGCGCCUCAGAGUCAACCGCAUCAGUCUGCAGGACUACGACAGACUACAGUUCGACAGGGAACGACUCCGAGACAUCUCGAUCGCUGUGGGGAUUGUGGUGGUGAGAGGCGACUGUGACCUGGAGACCUGCAGACUCUACAUAGACAGGCUACAGGAGGAUCUUCAUCAGGCUCCAUCUGCUGGCCACCGAGUGCAUUACCAGGAUGAGUGUCGAGGUCUACCGCGACCUGGCUCCGCCCACAGACUCUCCCCCAACUGGAGCUUCCUGGACUCUACGUCUGCAGACCGUUUCUACCGUAUAGACAAGGCCCAGGAGCACCUGCACUAUGUGACAGAAAUCUGCCAGGAAGAGGUGUUUAUCCUGGACCACGAUGGACUAGCGGGGGGACCGGCCACAGGCAUGCCUGACCUGGUGGUGGAGCCUAACUCUGGGAGCCCUCUGACGUCUGAGGAACAAGCAAUGCUGACGGCUGCCUCCUCUGGGGACCUGACUACGUUGUCGGGCAGCUUCUUUCGCGGGACCAGCCUCCUGGUGAGGGAUUUUACUGGUUGUAGUGCACUACACCUGGCCUCUCAGCACGGACACACUGAAGUGGUCCGCUUCAUACUGGAGCACGGGUCAAAGGUGCUCCUGGAUUUAACCAACAGAGAAACAGGAGACACUGCCUUGCACAAAGCGGCCUCUCAGAAGCAUCACGCCGUGUGUCGUCUUCUCAUGGACUCCGGAGCUUCCCUCAUCAAGACCAACUUCAAGGGCAAGACACCAGUGGAGCAAGCUCGUAACGCGGGGGACCAAGAGCUGGCCUCCUACCUGACCAGCAAACAGCUCCCUACCACUGUCUCCCACGAAGAUCUGGAGACUGCUGUAUGAGAGAGAGAGAGAGAGAGAGAGAGAGAGAGAGAGAGAGAGAGAGAGAGAGAGAGGGAGAGGGAGAGGGAGAGGGAGAGGGAGAGAGAGAGAGAGAGAGAGAGAGAGAGAGAGAGAGGAAAUAGACUACAUGCAGAGAGAGGGGAAGACAGGGAGAAGAGGAUGAGAGAAGGAGGAGAGAGGUUAGCCCCCUUCACCUCCAUAGAUUGACUGAGGGAUGGACAGACAGCUGGACAGACAGGAGCGGCCUGGCGCGCUUUAGACUCCAUCAUCAGCAUGACUCUGUCCUAUUCGGCACAGGAAAAUGUUUCAUCGAAAUCAUUAUUUAUUAUUGGUUUUAUUUAUUUAUUCAUUAAUUUAUUGAUUGAUUGUAAACGUAUGGGAGUGUUGGGGUAUGGAGUUGCCUGUUGUUCACUGAAUGCCAGGGUAUGGGCUAGAUUAGGGUUCAGGGGGUUCGGGGUCAGGGAUCAGAGGUGAGGGUUCACCGACACACAGACCCUCUCUCAGUGCGGCCCUGCAGCCUUAUAUACUGUACCAACGCGGUUCAACCACGGUUAAACCGCGUAUUCAAUUUACGUAUUUUCCCAGAAGGCCUUUGUGAAUCAUUCAGACGUGUGCCAAAGACACACAGCACUCUGAGGCAGGGACAUCACCCAGCGACCUCCAUAGUACUACCACCGCUACACUUGGAUACCACUACUGCUAUCCCAACAACACUGCUAGGCUUGUAGACACCCAAAUCUAAGCCCCCACAACCCCUGGAGGCCAGUGUGGGAACAGAUGACAGACAGCUAGGCAGACAACGAAAAGAGAGACGGACAGAUUCUCCAUGCAGCCCUGGGUAUCCAUUACACACCCAACCUAGAGCUUGACCAGAGCAGCAUGUACACACCUACAGACUGUGUGUGUGUCUGUGUGUCUGUGUCUGUGUCUGUGUGGUGUGCUUGAGAGAGAAUAGUUCAAAUCAAAUCUGAGCCAUAUUCAAUGCAAUAUGAAUGAAUGACGUUUGUGCAUUUCUCUAUUCAUGUUUACAUUACAUUAAUGUUUUAACAGUCCCUUAUGGCACCAAGGAGUGUUGAAUGUGCAAUUUCUUACCGUGCUGGUGUGUGUGUGUGUGUUUCUGUUAUUGUGAAGUGGGGUGGGUGGGGUGGGUUUGGUUGACGUUAUAUGGUUAAAACACUAAAACUACUGUUAUGUAUUGUAAAAACAGUGGUGUUAAGAUGACCGUUCUGAAAACCAAGACCGAUGGACUUUAGUACUUGACCCUGUUUUAUUUAUUCAGCGUCUCUCCGUGGUCGAACAUGACCUGGGAAAUUGAAAUGUUUUUAUGUUGUUCUCCCUCCAUCCCCUGCUACCCUGCCUGGUCGUGUUGAGAGAGAAAAAACAUAGAGAUAGAUAGAGGAAUCGAAAUGAAUAUGACCCGUUUUAGCAUGGAAAUUGCCAUUACCUUUUCGACCAUUUUAUUUUUUUCAACUGGGUGGGGAUUCCUAUGGGUUGGGAGAGAUCAGCCAAUGAUCAGAACAUUGUCUUCUACUUCUUCAAAUUGGGUUGCCUAUGGUUUGUAAAUGGCUUUAAGAUAUAUUACCGCCAUCUAGUGGCCACAAUCAAUAAGUGACACACAAGCUUUGGUUCAGGAUUCUAGAACUGCAGGUGGUGCUAAAUCACCAAUACAAGCUUUUUGCUUUUUUUCUAAUACAAAUUGAGAAGAAAAUUGACUACUCUAACAUGGAGAUGCCCGCGCAGUCACAUAUGCCAAUAUGGCACAGAUACAAAGAUGAGUCCUCUGUCUAUCUCUGUGAGACAAACAUCUGUUAUUUAUGAUUAUUAUGAAUAGAUUGGAUAUGAUUUUGUAUUAUUUUGUGUUCUUUAUGAUUCAACAUUGUUGUGCAUGCCAUUUUUCUUACCUCCUUGGAAGUUGCUACCACAUAAUAAUGGCAUCACAAACUGGCAUUAUUAUUAUUAUGUUAUUAUAAUUGUUAAGAUUUGAAUGGUUUUAUACCUAAGUAAUAUGGGUAAGGUUUGAAAUGUUUAAUGGUUCUACAUUUGAUUUUGUAUUUUUCAGACCAUGGGAUUACUUGAACGUUGUUGUUUAUUUUGUAUUCUCUAAAAGUCGUAUAGUGCUGCCUCUGACAACAUUUCCUGUGUUUUGAUUGGUCAUUGACGUGAUGUCACGGUGAGGUCACAGUGACGAGGGCCUGUGAGGAGAGUCUCUUUAAGCCUCCCAACCGCCAUAGUGUCUGUGAAGACGAAUUUGAACACUGGCGUGGUUGAAUAUCAAGGCUGCCUGCCCCUAACCCUAGGGAAUACCCUGGGGAAUACCCUUAGAGAAUAGAAUAGGUGGAGAACGUAGUGGGAAUGCUGUAUAUUCAGUCUACUGAGAGACUUUAUCAGUAGUCAGUCAGUCUCCGCAGUGUGCCUGUUAGAUAACCUGUAAUUAUAAUGAUUCAGACUUGUGUCUAUGUCAAAUACUGGAGGUGUGCUUUGCUUGUCUGGUACAAUGGAACCAAUAGAAUAGUAGCAAAAGUGCAAACUUCACCCGACCUGCAUGCUAGUCAAGCUAAAUGAAGUGCACCUCAAGUAUUUAACGUAUUGGACCUAGGACUGACCUUUACCCUCUUAUAACCCAGUAAUACCCAGUGCUACAGGGCAUUGAUAAGGCCCGUACAGACAUGGAGGACAGUAGCCGCUGAUCAUACUGGGGACUACUACUUCUAGAUUUCUUUGGCUUCUUUUGAGUUCACACUGAUUUCUCUCAAUCCCCAUUUUGUCCACAGGGAUUGGUUAGUGCCAUGUUGAGUCAUUCCAUGUGACAAGAACUUUCUGAAAUAAUCUGACCUCAAACCAAAAACACUCUUCUCCCACAGAUAUCUUCCAACAGGACUUAAACGGUGUUCAUCCAAAUUCACUGUUGUUCACGGUUAAAUGUCCUGCAAAUUGAUUUGGGAAAUAAAUUGACAAUUGAGAGGCAUAGAAAGGAUCCUGGGUUGUACAGUUGUAACAUCUGAAUAAUCGUAUCAUUUUAGAAGAAGAUUAAAGUUUUCAUUGAAACA